GAGCCUUCCACACACAAAUUACAAGUUCUACAAUUUUCUUCCUGGUGUAUACUGUUACAGGUUAUUGAUAUAACAAAAGGGGGAAGGAAAUCAUUCCCCCAAUGUUCAGAGUAUCUCUGCUCAUCCUGAACAUUGGACGCGUUGGUGUCCGCAGCACGCCCGGCGGAUUCGCUAUUUGUGUGUCUUGUUUAGCGGAUUCGUGGAGUUCAUGGUUUGUUCUAAAGAAACGGCCUUACACGUGACUGUUUAGAAAGUGAGAGAUGGGAAGUUUCACGUGGCUGUGCCUUGUUUUGGCUGGGAUGUUAUGUUUCGUACAAGGAGAAAUUCAAAUCAACACUGAAUUCAUGAAUGGUAACUUAACAUUUAAAUGGAACGGUGAUACUGAUCCUGAUUAUAUCAAAAUCAAAUUGGGGACCAACCCAGAGAGUGGAUGGUUAGCAGCUGAAAAUAAUCAAUAUACGGUGAAGGAUAUACUGAAGUAUCCCAACGUAACAAUUAAGGUGGAUGAGAUUCAGCCAUAUCCCUCAAAGACAUACCAAGUCUCAAAAAUCGAUUCUCAAGAAGGAGAGACGAAGAAUCUAACGUGGACAGCUGAAUUCUUUCCAAGGAGUGGAGAAUACAAUAUAUAUCAUUUUUAUGAUGACAAGAACAAAACAGUAAUUCGAGUGCAAGGUGAUAAUGCUACUUCAAUUGAUUCUGUAAAAUACACUUACCACACCAGACCCUACAAUUCCACCAAGAUAAAAUUUGAGGUGAAGAACAUAGCGUUCAUGGAUGCUGGCUAUUAUGGGGGUGGGGCAUCACAGAUUGCUGCCAGAAGUGGAUCGGGUGUAGUUCUUGUGGUGAAAGGGAAACCAACAAAACCUGAGAUUAAAGGAACCAUGAACCCAAACGAAAACAGUGACGUCACAUUGACGUGCUCCAGUAACUCCACCUCUCGUCCGUCGUAUUACUCAAAAACUGUAUCCUUAAGCUAUAUCUGGUACAGGAACAACACCGUCAUGCAUUCAAAGACCGGGAUGACUCUGAUAUUUCCCAGGAUUUCUAGAGACUUCAGAUUUAACAAGUAUUCAUGUCAGUCGAAGGAAAGUAUUGUGUCCGAGAAAAGUGAGGAAAUUCAGAUCAAUGUUUUGUAUGGUCCCAGCAGUGUUACGAUUAGCCCUCAGCUUCCGGUAGAUAACACAGUUUCUGUAAAAGAGGGGGAUCUCAUAGGACCGUAUCAUUGUUCCACUGACUGUAACCCGCCCUGUAUCAUUCAGUGGAAGUACAAACUCUCCAGUGGAACGUUCAGAGACGCAAAAUCAAACGAAUCAACGUUGUUACCGCAACAGGUGUUCAAAGAUAAAGCCUCGUUCCGCUGUGUGGCAAAGACAGUUUCCGAUGAAAAAUCACAUGAAGACAUAAAACUGUACAUAAUGUAUUUAUCUAAGCCAACGGUGAUGAUAAAUGGGAUAAAAGAAGAAAACGUGGAUAUUACUGAGGGAAACUAUCCAAAUAUCGUAUGCUCAGUGGACGGUAAACCAAUUCCUACCCUCAGCAUCAGCAGAAAUUCUCAGGAAAAUAUUCUGAAAACCAGACCUUCCAAAUCAAUAAAAGUAUUAAAACGGGCAGUCCAAUGUGAUGAUACAGAUACCUACAAAUGUACAGCGAGCUCACCGGGGUUUCCUACCAACCAUACGGAAGUUACGUUAAAUGUUCUUUGUAAGACAAGGAUGGACACUGAAGACGGGUUUAAAACUAACUAUGGCUCUAGAAGUGGAAGUGGUGUGAAAGUCAUUGUUAAGGCACCAAUCAUCUCUAAUCCCAAACCUACAUCAAACUUGAUUUCCUGGUCAGGUCCAACAUCGGCUAAUAUACAAGAUGAAAUCACAGAAAGAGGAGCUGUCAUUUAUAAGCACUGGAUCACCAGCACCAUUCCUGUCAACGACCAGACAUAUUUUGGAAACUAUACCAUGACUUAUAACAGAGAAGUCAUCUUCACCAUUACAAUAAAAGCUGAAGACAUACCUAAACCACCGUUGAACUUCACUGGCUAUUCCUACAAGAGUGGGUACAUCAACCUGACCUGGAUAUCAGACUUCAAUGGAGGACCAGAACAAUUCUUUAUUUUAUCACGGAAGGAUGGAGCUGCAUGGGUAGAGGUUGCCAAUAUCACAGAUCCUGGGGAAGGUGACAUGGGACAUUAUGACCCGGGUCUUUUAAAUCCAGGUCGCGAAUACUGGUACCGGUUGGAGAGUUGCAAUAUAAUCAACUGUUCUUUUCGCCCCAUAGAAGUAAAGGUCAAAGUACAAGCCCCGUCUACCUUGUCAAGCUCCAGUGAUACAGUUAUUGUGAUUGGUGGCGCGGUCGCUACAGCGGUAGUUCUCAUCGUGGUUGCAGCUAUUCUGGUUGCGAUCUACUUCCUAAAGAAAAAGUCAAUUCAACAGAGGAGGAAUAGUAUGUCGCCCACUGUGACGGUUGACGACAGUUCCCAGCCUGACGUUGUACAGUAUGCUGCUGUCGACAAGAGUUUUCUGAUGAGGAACAGGAAGCAGGCGGACAUAGUGACAGAUGACGUCAUCGAGAAUAAAAACGAUGAACAAGAAGCUGUAUAUUCGAACACGGAGGAGUCGGUAUUGAUCUCUAACACAGGGAACAAGAAUCAAAAAAAGAAAGGUGGGAAGAAAACCCCACAAAAUGACGUCGAGCAGACAACAGACGCAACUUACGGAAACACGGGGUCCAGGACAGUGAACCAGGACGGUUUGAUUUACGUUGACGUCGCUUUCACAAAGAAACCCGAAAGUUCGAAAACGAAUGGAAAACCCGUGAUACAUGGAGAAGAAGAUAGAACAGAGUACACGUUCGUGGAUUUCUCAAAGAAAGCGCCACCUAUGCAAGAAACAGAAGAUGAUGAAGAUACAGACUGACUGAAUGGGUCGCCAGGGAAAAUGAAACAGGAAGAACAUACAUGAACUAUUCACUUAAAUACUUGAAUUAUUUGUUAAUUUUAUCGUUCAAAGGGGCAUGGACACGAAUUUUGCAAAAAAAUAAUUAAAGACUUUCAAAUUAACAAUUUGAUAGCAUUUGAAACGUUUAAAACAUACAUAGCAACAAACGUGAAUUUCAAAAUCUGAAACAAAGAUGUAUUUGAGACAUCUAAUCUUUUCAUUUUCAAAACAAAGCACAGUCCCGUUAAUGUUUACGCGUUGCGUGACGCAAUCAUUAAAAUGGCGCCAAAGUUGACCGUUUGUCUUCAGUGAAAAAAGUUUUUAGAACGCUCUUUGUUUAGAAAAAUAGUAUGUUUACAAAAAUUUACGAUUUUGGGAGCCGGAUGUUAUGUUAAUGCAAAGUGUAUAUUACAUAUAGAUAAAAAAAUAUUUUAGUCCACAUACUUCUAUAAAAGAUUUUUAUUUCUUUCACGAAAAAUUUCAAUCGAUUAAAAAUCAUAUUCAUGCCUCUUUCAUAGUUCAAAACAUAAUUAUAGCAGAUGUGUGUUCGUGAAAUAUAUUUAGAUGUGUUGGUUAUUGCACAGCUGUAUGAAGUGGUUGACAAGAACAUGUUAUAGUGACGAAAAAUUCAACUAAUGAACGAUUUUUCUGUCAAGUCUCAACAGUCAUUUUCAUAAAUUUGUUGUCAGAGAGAGAGAGAGAGAGAGAGAGAGAGAGAGAGAUGUUUAACACACUUGAUUGUACAAGAAGAUAAUCUGUUUGCCUUGUAAGAUGAUGAAAAAUAGGCCGACUGAUAAAGUAUAAAGUGCCUGAGUCGCCAAGGAAACCGAAACCGGACGGAUUUAAUGUCUCGCACUUAAAUACUUGAGUAUCAUUCUUAAAAAUAUAUUGAUAGCAGAUAUAUGUCACAACAUGAAACGCGCUUAGUCAUUCAGUGAAGGUUUUCAUGUAUUGCAGUGUGUGUAUGAUGUGGUGUUAUAUAACACAAGACGACAAAUUGCUGUCAGUCUCAACUCUAGUCGUGCUAAUGUAUUUCUUUUGUGUGUGUGUGUGUGUGUGUGUGUGUGUGUGUGUGUGUGUGUGUGUGAGAGAGAGAGAGAGAGAGAGAGAGAGAAAGAGAGAGAGAGAGAGAGAUGCAUACAUACUAUUGUUGUUGACAACUUUCGAUUCAUUAUUGCGACUUCAUUGCGAUCUGGACCUUACCGUUGUUAAUAAACAUAGACCUUGUUUUAUUUUUCCGAUGAUGCAUGUAGCACACCAGUUUCAGAGUUGUAAGUAUAGAGCACGUGUUUCUCGGUCCUAGCCAAUCUUAUUUGUUUCUUUGCUUUUGACUAAUUAGCAGACAAUUCAAGGGAAUGGUUAUUAUUGCCACUGUUGUCUACAUCCAAUACGAAAUUCACCCCUCCCCCUAAAUCUGAACAUUUUUUUUUUGUAAAAAGCUAUAUAGCUAUUAUGUGCAUGAAAGUUUCUACCAAACGUAUGGAUUUAUACAUACAUCAAACGUACUUAUCUAAGCCAAAAGAAACACCAGAAAUUGAUCUCAAAAAUAUUUAAAAAACUAAUAAUUUCAGCCUCAAGGGUUAGGAAACACACAAACUUACUGUGUCAAGUUUUAUUGCGUGGUGCUCAGAUGACUCCAAGACAGAGCUCUGGGUCUUUUGUUUUAAAAUCAUUUUUGCAAAUUCUAUUUUGUAUUACUUUAUUUCUGUUUUAUCUUUCAAUAAAUCAAACAAACAAAAA